AGACGCUCGAGGAAGAGAAAGACUUGGAGUGCGUCGCCGGUCUCACGGAGGCCAUCGCCCUCAUGCUCGAAGCGUGCAAGGAGGCCAGCGACAACGGCUACAGCGUCGGCAUUCCGAUCACAGACCUUCCUCACGUCGUCUCCAAGCUCUUGACGGCGGCGCAUGCCAGUGUGAAGCGUCGCAUGGCGCGCGACUAUGGCGGCGCCGACGCCGACGACGCUGACGAAGACGACGAGAACGAAGAGGACGUCGAGGAUUCGAUUCUGCAAAACCUGAUUGAUGCCAUGGGCUGGUGCAUCAAGACGCACAAGUCGGGUGUCCUCCCGCUCUUCUCGCAGCAGUGGCUCCCGUCCAUCGCGCCGUAUCUGGAUCCGUCCUUUCCCGGUGCCGUCCGCGCCCACUUUAUCUGCACCAUCGACGAUGUGCUCGAGCACAGCGGCCCCGAGUUGCUUCCGCAGCUCUUGCCGCACCUCUGGAGCGGCUUGGAAGACAGCAACCCGAACGUGAUUCGGGCCUCGGCCUACGGCGCCGGCGUCUGCGCGCAGUUUGGUGGCCCCAGCUUUGAGCCGCACUGUGUCGCGACCCUCCAGCGCGUCUGGAGCUGCAUCCAGUCGCUCGAGCACGACCAGGUCGAGACAGAACAGGCAGCUGCCCGCGACAACUGCGUUUCGGCGGUCGGCAAAUUUUGCCUCUUCCGGUCGAGCCUCGUCGACGCGCCGACGCUGUUGCGCCUCUGGCUGCACUGCCUCCCGCUGCAGUCGGACGUGCUCGAAGCCCAGGUUGUGCACGCCGACCUCCUCACGAUGGUCGAGGCGCGCAACAUGGAUUUGCUCGGCGACAACUACAGCCAGCUCGGCGUUGUGCUCCAAAAGUUUGCCGCCAUCCUUGCGCUCAACAUGGACGAAGACGCCGAACCCGUCCUCGAUGACGAAGGAGAAGAGCGUCUCGCGCUGCUCUUGCAGUCGCUGCAGACGUCGGUGCCGGGACCGGCCGUGCAAGCGGCGUGGGCGAGCCUCUCGGCGGACGAGCAGCAAGUGUUUGCUAUGCUCUCGUAAAAAUUAGUCUGGUUGUGCGUAAGUGCCAAUGAUGCUACAAACGCCUGUCUUGUCU